UAAGUUUCUAUAUUUUCGACGAUUGUUAAUAUGACACUGUGAGGAUUCUUAAAACUUCCCGCAUAUUCAAGUGCAGGGGAAACGUCGCAUAGCAACAGCGGGAGGAGCCAAAGCCGUCCAGGUGGAACGGGAAAUAUCGGACCUUGGACUGGCGCAGAGCGAAAAAGCCGGGAAAUAACGGUGCCGCUCUGGACCUUGGACUCUAGUCGGCAAGGGCAUCGAGGUUAAACGGUUAAUCCGCAGACUUUGGAUCCGCACAAAGAGGAGACGCCGUAAAUCAACGGGACAUCGAGGGACUUUGGAUCCGAUCAAGCGAGCCGGCUGGAGAAGGAUUACGGGACUAGCAUGGGAUAUAAAAGGACAGCGUAAGCACAACGCGCGGAGACUUAGGAAGGAGCAGCCACGGAAGACGGUCAUGUCAAAGACCCACGCCAGGAUAACAGUGUAGUGAAAGUCAUACGAGUGAAAGUGCCAGCGCGAGUGGAAGUGGAAACCAAGUGCCACUGUCUUCCGGAGAUCCGAAAGGUGCUAGGUAAAGUGUGGGGCGCAUCUACGAGUUUGAGGUACGACGUAUUUGGUGGAGUCCGGGCAGGGAAGUUGUGCUGCUAGGUGCCGGGUCGACAAAAUUCAGUGGAGUUGUGCGUGGCAACCGGGCAGAUGGAAAGACGAACAAGCGUAUUUCGAUUCAGAUCGUGAUGCUGAUCAAGAAUAUACAUACUUUAUGAGGUUUGGUGUGUCUUCUUCAAUGCGUUGCAAACUUCUGUCUGAAUAUAUAUUAAAAAUAUUUAAUACCUAUCUGCAAAGGUAUGAAAAGAUUAAUACAAAUAUGGAUUCAAUAUCCACCAAGGCAGCUAAUCGAAACGAAUAUUAUUACAUGCUAAUCACGAAGCAAAAUGACAGAGUAAAUUAGUGCUUCUUUCAUGCGGAAAUUAUAUUGAUCUCCAGACAGGUGAGUUCAACCCAAUUUUCAAUAAGCCAGCAUUACAAUAGCGAAGCAAUGUGGUCUAAAUACGUUCUUCUCUUUGGGGCAGUUCUUGCCUUUAACUUUGCAGUGGAUGUGAGUGAACAAAACAUAAAGUGAUUGAUUGGCUUGUGAAUAGAAAUGCAUUAUUCGUUACAGGAUGCAGUUGUUUUCAAGUUUACGAAUUUCCAGUGCAAGAGUUACAACGGAUCGUGGUUCGUUUUCAACUAUUACCGUCUGAAGGCGGUCAGUCGGGACAGGGUUCUGCUUAAUUUGAAUGGAACUGUUCUGCAUCCGGCUUACAACAUACAGCUUCACGCAAAAAUCUAUAAGAAGGCCAAUGGUUUCAAGCCAUGGGUACUGGAGUCCACUGUUGACGCGUGCAGGUUCUUAAAGAGGCACUAUGAUCCAUUCAUAAACAUCAUCUACAAUAUCUUCAAGGAAUUCUCAAACGUUAAUCACACCUGUCCCUUCGUGGGUGACCAAAUCGUCAAAGAUUUUUAUCUGAAACCGGAAUUAUUAAUUCUACCCUUUCCAUCUGGAGAGUAUAUGCUGAGGGGAGGCUGGUACUUCGAUAAGAAACUCAUAUUCGAUACAAACGUCAGCUUUAUUUAUGUGGAAGAUCUGCUAAAAAGAACAUAGAAUCAUAAAUUUUAAAUUAUUUGUCCAAUUGUUUCUUAAUCCUGUACCCAAAGGCCCAAUAAACAAUGUAAGGACAUGGAGAAGAAAUAGUCCUUGGCAGUUAAAUCGCCCGAAAUACCCCACGCCAAUAAAUUAAAGUCACAAAAGCCCGCGCUGAUUAGUUAGCUAUCGAUGUCAGGCAGGUAAAUAACAAAGUUUAACAAAUUACGUCAGGCUCGAUUCGAAAUGGCCAAUAAAAAAUUUGCAAAUCAAUGCAAAUGACAGGGCAAACAAUGGGUGGCAAGAGGGAAUGGGGAAUCGGGGGACUUUGAUAGGUGGCGGCACACAAAACCGAAAGCAGAAUUAAUUAAGCAAAGUGCGAGGAGCCGAGGGGCCGGGAAAGGGGGGAGGGUUUGAGAUUAGCAAAAGAUGUCAGUGUGUCACAAGGAUGCCGAUAAACGAGUUUUUCCCUCUUUCGAUUUUGAAUAUUAGACAAAUUGAAUUAGUUUUUUUUGCAACCGAAACAGGAAAAACGGGAAAGAUUAGUCAAAUGCCAAUGAAGAAGUCGAGAUGCUCUGCCUUUUAAAAUAAGACUUGUGACAUGUCUUUAAAUAUAAUUAUGAUACAAUUUAAUACGGAAUCUAGUUAUUCACUUGAAAAAACACGUUUUUAAUUCAUGAUUUGAGAUUAAUCAUAAGGGAAUUACGAGCAACUUAUUCUUAAUUAAUAUCAUUUCAUAAUUUGUACUAUGGUUAAUAUUAAAAAGAUUAAAUAUUUAAAUGCUUGUACUUUUCAUACCCUGUAGAGGGUAUUAUAAUUUCAGACUUCACUUGAAACUUUACCAAAAUUCUUGUAGCUAUAGGAUUUGGUAUAUAUGUAUAUCAAAUCACACGCAUGGGAUGAGGAGAAAUUUAGUUUAUUUUAUAUAAUAAUAAUAGACUGAAGUUCAAAAUGAGGUUCUUGAAAAACAAGAUUUUAAUAUUUUAUUAAAAAUAAUUAAAUGAUCUUCCUGUUGCGCCAAUGUGAAUGCUUUGAAUAUCAAAUCGCUACUUAUUUUAGUGCAUCAAAUUUCGAACACACAGGGCAUCUAUGAUAUUAAAAAUGGAAUCUGAUGUUCUUUCUUUUCCAUUCAACUUGUCAUUUAUUCAGCAAACUCUUCAGUUUUGAACAGACCUGUUUCAUACACUUUCGUUCAACUCAAACAUCUGCCGAUGGCCUAUUCCGUCCGAUUAAUGAAAGUGCAUCGGCAGCGGCAGCAGCAUGCAACUCACGGCGGCGGCAGCAACAGUUGCUGCAACAAGUUGCACUUGUGUGCGCCACUGUGCACUGAGGCAUGCAGGUGGGAGUGGGACGGAGCGAGGUGCGACAGGGACAGCGGUACAGAUGCCGAGGCACACAAACAAUAUAUGCUUUAGAAUUUUAGUUUAAUGAUUUGUAACCGGUUUUUGAGGUGGCAACUCCCGUGAGACGGCUGCUGCAGUUGCUGCAGGGUUAUUUGUGCCUCACCGCUCCCCGCUCGCCGCUUGCCACCUCUGUUUAAUUACACUUCUUCCUACGAACAACUAAAAAAUAAUAACAAUAGCGGAAGUUAUACAAAAGCCGCAGAACCGGCUGCUUAACAAAAAAAAAGAAAAAAGCACAAUAAAAUAACAAGGGUUGAGGAGAUAAGGCAAAGAACUCGACGGCGGAAGGGCGAAAAGAGAGCGGAGUUACCAGCGUAAAACAUGUGACGAAAGCAGUCGGCUGGAUUCGAGUUUAACAACAUUUAACUGUUGUUUACACUCUUGAUUGCCCUAUUCCGUUCUAACUAGUGCAGAAAGACCCGCUCACACACGUACCACUUCAGUUUUUCAAUAAUAUAGCAUUAUUCCAUCAAGACUAUCGGUCCAGAAACUCUAGCGUUUAUAAUCAGACAUCAUAGAUUUUAGGUCGCUUCAGAUCUGGGCUAUGAAAAACACUAAAUCGUAAUAUAUAUUUUCUUUUUUGAUAGCUAUAUAACAAAAUAAAAUCCCCUGUAUAAAGCUAAUAUUUAAAUAUUAUAUCCUCACGCAAGAUAUUGGAUUAUUAAUGAUUUCGUAAUUAUUUGAAAAGUUCUGGCAAAUUAUACAUAAUUAUUUAUUUUGUUGUAUUAUUUUUGGUUUUGCCUAAAUUAAGAGGUUUUGUAAAAGUACAAGCUAAAACACAAGUGUUUAUAUCACCGCCUCAAAAACCCAUAAAAGGUUAAUGGGAGCGUGUUUUCGCAUACAACUCGCAAAUAAUUUGUCGCCUGCCUUAAAUGCAAAGUCCGCGUGCAAAUUAAAAAGUGUCCCCUCGUUAAACA